AGAAGUAGAAUGUGAGACAGUGGACUGCCCGAAGAUGGACUGCUUUAAUGUUAUCCAGAGGCCGGGGCAAUGCUGUCCGACAUGCUUAGACGACCUUCCUCCAGACGUCAGCAAGAAAGAGGAGCGAGAGAACGAGAGGCUGUACCAAGACUGUUCCCACCACGGUAUACAGUACCAGCACGGGGCGGUGUUUGCCUCCAAUAAGACGGCACUGAAACCGACACAAGACAACCAGUGUGUGCAGUGCACGUGCGCGGACGGGGAUGUGCUGUGCCGUUUAAAGACCUGCCUCCCUCUGCCGUGUACAAAACUCAUCUACAUCAAAGAAGACUGCUGUCCAGUAUGUGAGGACGUGAGUGAGCUGGCGGGCACCCUGGACAAGAGCUACCCGUCUAACGUCCUCAAGCACGGCGAGACGGUCAGCAAAGUGGCACUGGGAGAGUCCAGUUACAGUAGAAACUCUGACUGUCAAUCAGGUGGGCGUGCCUACAGGAACGGUGAGUCGUGGCAUCCUGUGGUUGGUCCAUUUGGGAAAAUGAAGUGUGUGCUGUGCACGUGCGAGCGGGGUCACGUAUCCUGCAGGCGCCCCAUUUGCGAACCCGAGGAGAAUCUAACGUGUUCCGACCCCGUGAAACCGGCGGGAGAGUGUUGUAAACGGUGCCUCAAUGACGCAGACAACUCCACGACUAAAGAGAGCACCUACGCGUUCCAGCUCCCCACCAACAGUCCCCGUCUGUGCGCGCCCCCUGGUGUGGAGUACCUAGUUUACGAACUCUCCUCGCAGUUAGAGUAUAGGAUAAUCUUUAGGGACGACAAGAAACAGAGGAUUGACCAGCUUAGGUGGCGGUUACAGUCAGAUUCCUUAAGUACUUUCUAUAGAGAACGCCUAAACACACAGGACUUGGAGAUGUUACUCAAAGAAAAGGAAGACAAAAAGGCGUCACUUUCAGUUUUAGGCGCUUCUAUAAAUAAAUAUGUAUCACGAUUUAAACGCAGAGUGUAUAAAUAUAUGCAGCAUUGCGGGGACCUAUGUCAGCUCUCGACAAUCAAUAAACUGAAGAAAAAACUCAAGCUUCAACCGCCUGUGUACAGUGACGACUGCUAGUUGCCAAAGUCAUCAACUAAUGUUUUCAUGAUCAGAUUGACUGUUGUACAGCAAUGUGAAACUUCACGACUCCUGUGCGUUGUGAAAGAACUGCGUUGGCGCUUGCGUGCACCUGGAAAGAACUUGUGCAUAAGCACGUGCGCACGGGGAAAUGUUCGAACGCUAAAAACACGAUGGCCUGCAUUGUGAUUUAGGGUGGUCCGUUAAAGUCAUUGUGCAUCACUAAUGACGAGUAGAUUUCAGAUGGCAAUAUCUAUUAUAGACCAAGCGCUGACAAAGCCACACCCGCAGGGGGCGUGUCCUGAGUUGUUACCGCCCCCAGAGCCACGCCCCUAAGGUCAAAACAAGUGCAAUUUGUAGCAGGCUGUCAAUACACGAAAAACUGACAUUGUUUGUUACAAACGUGAGCUUCAGUCUGUCAAAACGAAAGCGAUUUUAAAGAAUGAGCGGUUAAAGACGAAACUGCGGCAGGUACAUAGUGAACUUUGGGAACGAAGAGAACGGUGUCGUCUGCGUCAUGUCGAAGAAGGAGGUAUUUCGUACCGAAUAGAUAACAUUUCAAGAUUCUGCGCUGUAGAAUUAUCGGUGAAAAACUCUUCAUGGAUAAUGAAAACACACAUCAAAUCAUUGGUCAUGGAUAUUACUGACUUCAACCCGAACCAUCGUGGAAGCAAAAUCUAGUAGUCAAAGUAAGAUUCCAAUGGAAAUGUGCAAGACAACGCUGAUAUUAAUACAAUUUUUGUAAUACUACAAAAACUGCCUUAACAAAUACUUUGUAGAUAUUCCACGAGUGUUUGGCAGGAUCCUGUCUAAGAUCGGUGGCAGUUAAAUCAUGUGCUCGAAAUUAUUCGGUGUGUGUCGGGCCACGGGAGGGUGUUUGGUGGCCCAUGAAAAAAGUGGCAUGCAAGUAGUGCUACUUUAUAUGAGUGUCCAAAAAACAGACCACAUUAAGGGGUGGCACUGCUGGAAUGAGGUUCCCAACGCAGAAAAUGGACCGUUUUCGUAUUUACUAUUAUGCCAGUUCACGUGUAUAUCGCUUGUGAAAAAAACACUUCCCGCUUACUCCCGCCAGUGUAUAUUGUACUGUAUAGUCUACAGGAGAAUAUAUUCAUGGCAUUGCGAAUCGCAGGAGGGUUUACACACUGAGAAGUGGUUCGCACCAAAAGCGAACCGCGAUAACUGCCGAGUCAGCAAACUGCGGCGUCAUCACACAUAAGGGCUCACGUGUUCAAAAAUAAUUAAAACAUUUGAUUCUGUUCGUUGUGGGACCUGCUGAAAAAAAUAAUUAACUCAUUGAAUUAUAUUUUUCCCGUGCCCUUUUCACUAGCAGAAAGUGUGUAAACCCGACUUUUAUUGCUUAAUUUGUAAACCAACUAUUAACUGCACUUUCACACAGGAUGAAUAUGGUCCACAUAAUAGGCUAUUGGGUUCAUUCUACAAAAUGUGAGAAAUGGAUAGAUAUUGUAUUUUUACACAAAGAGCUAUUUCUUUUCAGUCAACUAUGGCACGUUUAGAUCAAGGUGCAGUGAAAUAUUCAUUUAAAAUAAAAACACCUUUUUAAGUCUUCUUGUGAAGCUAGGGCCAAAGGUGCAAUUAUAUCAGCCCAUCUUAUGAAAGGUAAUACUUAGAAUACUUAUUUAUAUUAUACAGAACUUUAUUACAUUUGGGGCUUUAAUUAUGUAUACAUUGUAAAUAAAAUAUUUAUCGGUCUU